AUGCUGCAGUUGAAAAGCCAUGUGUUCUGUGGCCGCGGCGGAGGCGGUCGCGGCGGCGGCGGCGGCGGUCGCGGCGGCCGCUCAGGCGGAUCCGGAGGAGUCGAGGAGAGCGAGGGAAGCAGCAGUGGAGAUGCCAAUGGCGGCGGUGGCGGGACUAUAAGUUCCCGGGCCGGUGCUUUAGGUGUGCACAUCGUGGACAUCAAGCGAUCGGCUGCACUACCAACGAGAAGGACUUCUAGCCGUGGUGUGCGCGCUGUGAGGGGUGGGGCCAUACCAAAGAAAAGUGCGCGACGGAGGAGGCCGUCCUAGCGCAUGUGGUGGAGCAUGAGAGCGACGUGGACUCCGUGGAAGACC